AUGUCGCGCAAUGAGAACACCGUCUUCGUGGCAAACAUCCCAUUCGAGGCCACGGAGCAGGAAGUCAUCCAAGUGAUGCAGCGGGCUGGGCCGGUCGUUUCCUUCCGGUUUCACAUCGAUCCGAAGACCGGCAAGUCCAAAGGCAGCGGCUUUUGCGACUAUGUCGACGCUCUGUCGGCUCAGUCGGCCAUUCGGAAUAUCAACAAGUCCCUGACCCUGCACAACCGGCCGCUUCGUGUGUCGGCGCCCACUUCCUCCUCAUCGUCUAGCGGUGGCGGCAGCCAUGGGGGCGGUGGCGGUGGCGGUGGCGGCGGCCACGGCGGCCACGGCGGCCACGGUGGUGGCGCUGGCGGCGUCGGCGGCCACAGCGGCAUGUCGAUGAUGGGCGGCCCGAUGGCUCUCGGUGGAGGACCUGGCGGCGUGCACUCCCGGCCGAUGGGACCUGGGCCCAUGGGCAGCCCGGCCGUGCUGAACGCCCUGCAGAUGCCGGGCUUCGGCGCGAGUGACGGGCGCUCGAACCCGAUCGGCGUCCUGGAGCGCAUCCGCUCCACUGUUCACACCAUGUCUGCCCAGCAGAUGAGUGAGUUGCUGCUGGAGUUGAAGCACAUGACCAUCCACGAGCCGCUCAAGCUGAAGGCCCUUCUCCAAGACCACCCGGCCUUUGCAUUUGCCACACUCGAGGCACUGAUUACCACUGGCGUCAUUCGCGAUGAUCAUCCUUCCUUCCACACGGACUAUGACUCAUCGUACUCUGGCACCGGGGCCGGGGCCGGGGCCGGGGCCCACCACCCUGGCAUCGUUCUCUCAUCCUUGACGUCGCCGCCGACCACGGCCGGAUCGCCGCCAGGCUUCGCCCCUGGGCCUCCUCCGGGUGCCGGGCCGCCGAUGCAUCGGCACCCCAUGGUGCCGGGUGGCAUGCCGCCUGGCGGCCCGCCGCCGCCGCCGCCCGGUGGCCCGCACCUUGGCCCGAUGGCUGGCGGCCCGGGUGGCUCGCCACCGCCCGGGGCACACCUGUCUCCGCCGGGGGCCGGGGGCCCGGCCUCCCUGCCGCCCGGGCCCGGGGGGCCUGGCGAGUCCGUGCAAAAGCUGCAGGCCGACUCGCGGGCGCAGAAGAUUGAGCUUCACAAGCUCUCCGAGGAGUCGAGCAUCUUGAACUUCCACAAUGGGCGUCUGACCCGGCGUGUGGAAAGCCUGCAGGAGGAGAUCCGCCAGAUCGAGGCCACCAGUGGUUCGGCCUGGAUUGGCGGCAUCCCCAAGAAGGAGUAUGCGCGCGUGUGUGGCGAGCUGGACACCAUCAAGGACGACCUGUCGCUGCGGAUCUCCGAGGCCGCGCGUCUCCAUUCGCUUGUGGCCGAUCUCGAGGCGGAGGUGGCCGAGGCGGCCGCCCACGCGGCUGCCCUUCGCCAGCGCCUCACCGAAACGCAGGAGCAAUCCGAGCAGCUGACCCAGGAGAAGGAGCAGCUGCUGCUGGAGCAGCGUCUGGCCGCCGAGCAGGCCGAAGCCAAUGCCCGGAUUGCGGCCGCCGCGCUGGAGGAGUCCCGGCAGGCCGCCAGCUCGGCGUUGACUCGGCUGCGAGAGACCUCGGAGGUGGCCCACUCGGCGGCGCAUGCGAUCGUCCUGACGUCGGCCUCGCGCUGGCGCGCCGGCGGCUGGAUCGACCCUGGCCGCAUCACCAGCUGGUGGUUGCUGGACAUGCAGCGCCGGUGGUUGCCGCCCCUGGCCCUUCCCCUUCAAGAUAUCGGCAAGGCGUGGGCCGCUUUGGCCGAGGGGCUUGGCCAGUUCCAGGGCCUGUUGAAGCUCCGCUGCGGCAAUGUCCUGUCGCUGGACGAAUCGCCCAGCAUUGCCUUCGGGGUGGACUUUGCUCGACUAUCGUCCGUGUCGCUGCCGGAGUCGGGGGACCUCACCGGGCCAAGUGACAUGGCUUCACCCGGUGGAAUGUCCAGUGGGGCUUCCUCUCCGGGGUCCAGCGACUCGGAUACCACCCUGGCUGGGCUCUUCCUCCAGCUGUUCGACGCUGCAGAUCAGACCGGCCCACUUGAGGAGUUUGGCACCGCGCUGGAUGACCUGGCCGCCGUGCUCAAUACCUCCGGCCCGCCGGCCGCCCGGCCCGGCGAGGGCCUUCUCGAUGCGCUGGUGGCCCUGCUUGGGCACUUUGGCACCCUGCUGCGGCACCACCAGCGGCAGGUAUCCUUCGAGUGUCAGACCGCCCUGCGACUGCUGGCCACCAAUGAGGUUCCGCCGAAGCUCCUGCAGCUGAUCACCUCCUCGCAAAAGUUGGUGUCCUACUUUUCGAUCCUGAUCGUCUCGCUGGAGAAGGCCCUGGCAUCUGUGAGCGCCGAGCGGGAGGCCAUCUUCGGCCGGGGCUCGGCUUGCCCCGGGCCCGGUGGCCGGCAUGCUCUCCUCCAAACCUACCUCGUCCUGCGGAGUGCCUCGUCCCAUGCCCUGGCGCGCAAUACCAAAGAUUUCUUCACCGCUCUGGCCGGGUUCUCCUCCACGGAGAAGGCCUUUGUCCGGUCGGUCUCGGCCGGAGCAUACCGCCUCCGGGAGGCUGCCGAUGAGUGGUCUGCCCUGCGCGAGCUGCCGAAUGCCUGUGGCCGGAUCCCCGGCCAGGUGGCCGGCUUGAUGGAUGCCUUCCAGCAGCUGAGCACCUCGGAGGCGCUGGCCGCCGUGGCGGCGCAUGCCUUCAUCGCGCAGAGCCCCUCGCGCCCGGUGGGCCUGGCGUCGGCCGCCAGCCCGGCCCCAAGCCAGCAGCUGGUCCUCCUCCCGCGCCUGGUGACGUCCUCCAAUUCGCUGCCGGCCUCGGUCCGGCCGCUGAUCAGCAUGUUCCCGAUCGCCUUCUCGGCCACGCGGCAUGUGCAGUCGGCCACGCGCGAUGGGCUCAUGCUGGCCACGGACAUGCUGGCCCCGGGGAACCGCGGCCACCUGGCCGCCGGGGCCGACCGUGAUGAUCUGGCCCUCCGGACCCGGAGCUACAUGCUUGCCGGGCUGGACCUGCCCGCCGAGCCGGAGUUCAUUCCGCACCAUGAGGCCCUGCGCCAGGCGAGCGUGGCCCAGCAGGCCGAGAGCAAGAUCCGAACCUCCGAGGCGUCGGUUGCCGCCCUGAAAGAGGGCAUCGUCAAACUCCGCGAGAAGCACAGCGCGCUGAUGGCCCAGCAGGAGGCCCUCCGGGCCGAGAAUGCCGGGCUCCAGCGCGACGCGCGCGCCGUCCAGGUGACCCUGCAAGAGCACCGGGAGACGGAGCGCCGGCUGCGCGCCGAGGUGGCCCAGCUCUCGGAGCAGCGCGCCGCCAGCCGCGAGCGCGUCGCCGCCGCCGAGCGCGCCACCCAGGCGCUCCAGGCGGAGCUCCGGUCAGAGGCCCAGCUCCGUCGCCAGGCCGAGGCCGAGCAGGCGGAGCUUCGGGCCCGGUGUGCGGCUUUGGCCGCGCAGGUGGCCGCCCUGGAGGCUGCGGCCGCCACGGCCGGAGCCCCGGCCGGCAUGGCUGUGGCGGCCCCGGCCGGCGACCUCGAGCCGGGCACAAAGCCCCCGGGCGCCGGGUCGCCCGCUGCCGCCGGGUCGCUGGGCAUCCACUCGCCUUCCCCCUCGCCGCCGUCCGGGUCGGACUCCGAAUCGCCGGUCCCGUCGGCGGCCCUGCUGCCGGCCCCGGGGUCCGGUGCCGGCGCCAGUGGCCCAUCCUCACCGAGCAUCGGCAUGCUGCUGGACCUCUCGGGGCCGAGCUUCCCCGAGCCGGCUGCCAGCCCCCCUGUGCCUGGCGAUGAAUUUGCCUUCAGCUGGGCCACAGUGGCCGGCAGUCCGGGCCCCGGGGCCAAGCCGGCUGCCCAAGCGUCGCCCGGCUCGACCGAGCAGCCGGACGACGGGUUCGGGGAUUUUGUCAACUCCGGGCCGGCCUCCCCGGGACCGGGAAGCGGCACCUCGGCCGGUGGGCCGGCGGGGCUGCAGGCAGGCCCGCCGGUGGCCGGGCCCUCGCAGUCGGUCCAUGUGGCUCCGGCCUCCUCGAAGUGGGGCCACUCGGCGGCCACCGUUCUCUUUGAAGAUCCCCUGACCGGGUCCAGUGUGUCGUCGCUGCCCCUGCCGCUGGCCCUGCCGGGGGACUUUGUGUCGCCCGAGGGGGCCGCCUCGGCUGCGGCCUCGGGGGUGAGCGUUCGCCUGGCUCGCCUGGCGAGCCAGCGCACCUCGGCCGAGAUCCGCCUGCGUGCCAUCGAGUCGGAGCUGGCCGCCUGUCAUCAGGAAAUCGCCCUGCUGACGACGCGGGCCCUGGAUGCCGAGGGCCGGGCCACCCUGGCCCUGGAGGAUGGCGAGUCCACCCGUCGGGCGUAUGAGUCUCAGAUCGCCAUCAUGUCUGACUACAUGGCCCAACUUCAGGCGUCGUCGCCGCCCUCGUCGGGGGGCGAAGCGCCGGCGGCGGCCGGCACGACAUCCCCCGGCUCUGCCUCCUCGGGCCCCGGGGCCUCGUCCUCUUCUGACGAAGGGCCCCAGGCGGUGGCAUCCGGCUCGGCGGCCGCGCCGGCCGAUGGCCCGAUUGACAUGGAGGAGUUCGGGUCCUUCACGUUUGCGACCUUCCCGUCUGGCGACGAGUAGCCUCCCUCUGUGCUCGGCUUGACGCGCCCUCCCCCCUCCAGCCUUCACAUGCGUACGUCACAUGCAAAUAUACACAUACACGGCCA